UGAAAUAUCGCGUUUCUGUAUUGUUCGGCUAUGGAAUCAAACUUCGCUUGAUUACACUCACUUUGAUAUGUCUGUAUCAAUUCUUUGCUGAAUCAUAUGAUAAAUUAAAACAAUUAUUACUGAGUAUUGCUGGGUUUUUUUCCGAUCAAAAUGAUGAUUUAGCUACCCUUAAGUUACAAUAUUCACCUCGCUUUCGGCUUGGUGAAUAUUGUACUAAAUCAUCGUAUUCACCUCAAACACAGCAAUAAUUGUAUAAUAUUUAUGCAUUCACACAAAAACAAGAACGAAUGAUGAAGGUUUGGGAAAAACUUUCACUUCACUAUGACCUAUUGCCAUCGCGCCUGAUUUAGAAUUAAAUAAGAAGAGUCACAAAUCACUCAUUGACAAUAUUAGGAUUCGGCAAAACAGCCUAUAUCAGCGUCUUGGGGCUUCUCUUUUGUUCAAACAACCCAAAACAUGGAUUUUGACGAUGUUUUAGCAGAAUUGGGCUCUUUUGGCAAAUAUCAAGUAAAAAUUUUCCUCCUUAUUUCUAUACCGUGUGCGUUCCUGGGAUUUGGAGCUCCUGCAACGAGUUUCAUUUUGGGGGAUCAUACGCACAGAUGUAAAAUACCGUUUUACGACAAUGACACAUAUGCUGUUCAGUCAGAACAUCAUAGGGAAGCAAUUAACAGAACAAUUCCGAGGGAACCCGAUGGAACAUAUUCAUCGUGCACUAUUCUUGUCAACGGAACAGAACACAAAUGUUCCGAAUGGGUGUACGACCAGUCAACAUUCAUUCGCACUGUCACGUCUGAUUUUAACCUUGUUUGUGACUCUGUCGGACUACGCGCACACUUAAAGAUCACUUAUCUUAUAGGAUUCCUGGUAGCAUCCAUUAUUUCUCAAAUUGGUGACGUCUUUGGGAGGCGGAUCUUGCUGCUGAUCCUGUGCACCCUUAAAGUGGCCGCCUCUUUUACCAUCCCCUUCUCAGUCAGUCCCGCUAUGUUCGGGACCCUUAGGUUCCUGGAGGGGAUGUCAUCGCUAGCCUUCUACCAACUGUCCUUUGUAAUAGCCAUUGAGCUGGUGGGACCGAGGGAGCGGAUCUUUACUGCCAACCUGUCCAAGGUGACCUACUGUAUGGGGGAGUUCCUGCUGACCCUGGUGGCGUACUUUGAGAGAGACUGGGUGUACCUCCAGCUCUGGCUCGCUAUCCCGGGUGCCCUUACCCUUUUAUACUGGGUACCAGGGUUGAUCCCAGAAUCCCCCCGUUGGCUGGUGUCACGUGGCAGAAUCGGUGAGGCCACGAAGAUUAUAAAAAAGAUGGCCAAAGUGAACAAGAGUAAAACGAAUUUUGACAACAUAAUAAUAGCACAGAAGAAGGAUAAAGGCAUCUGUGUUAUCCUGAGAGAGGUGGCCCAGUCCAAAAUCCUUGUGAAAAGACUCCUGAUAGUGACUGCUAACUGGGUAGUGGCGGCCUUCAUUUAUUAUGGUCUGACAAUGAACGUCGGAUCCCUUGGAGGUAAUCUCUAUGAAAACUUCUCCCUCCUUGUACUGGUGGAACUCCUUGGAUACACUGUCAUUUAUUUCCUGAAUAAGACUGGGAGGAAGUCCGUACAUUUACUGGCUAUAUUUGGGUGUGGCGCUGCAUCUAUUGGGUCUAUUUUACUCAUUCUAUUCGCAGAAAACUCAAUGUACUGGUUACACAUCCUUCUGGCCUUGUUGUCGAGGUUCGGUAUAUCGGUCUUGUUUGCCGUUCUCUACGUGUACACGGGUGAACUGUUUCCUACUGUUAUAAGGAGCAUUGUGAUGGGGACUGUUAGCAUUGGUGCCAGAAUAGGGUCGAUGAUCUCCCCUUACCUCUAUGACGUGUUUGACGGUAAGAUGGGUAAGAUGUUACCUCUUAUCACGUAUGCUGUGAUAACAAUCGCUGUGGGAUUGUGUUCAAUACGAUUACCGGAAACCAAUAACCGGAAGUUGACUGCAACCAUACAAGAUGUUACGAUCAGUGAAGGGCAGCAUAAGGAGGUCCAAGAAGAGGGGCCGGUAGAUACAUUACCACUGACCUUCAACCCCACUGCCUAGAUUGUCAACGUUCAACCAUUGAUUUUAUGCUUCCAUCAUGAGAAACACAUCUUUAUUUGUUUACAUUGUAUUCUGCACUAUAAAACCACGAAUGUUAAUACAUGUAAUAAAAAUAAUGUUGAUAUCUGACGUAACAUAUAUUAUAUAAACAGAUCAUAUCUGUCUUAUAUGUGAAACUUUUGUUGAUGCUUGUGUAAAGUUGAAUUGGCAAAACGAGAGAGAGAGAGAGAGAGAGAGAGAGGGCGCGCGUUGCUGUGUCUCUGUGCAUGUACAUUACAUCCGCUUCGUUUAUCCUCGACAAUAAAAUUGACUGAAAUAG